GCCUCCAAGCCGCGCGCCUUUCUCCCAACCAUCGGCUUUGGCCGCGCGUUCUCGACCAUGACCACGGAGCUCCAGAGCCUCCUCGACACGUUCGCGAGGCGCCGUCCAUCGCGGCCUUCGACGCCUACUGCGCGGCCUACCUCGACCCCUUCGUCGCGGCCUGCGGCGCCCUCGGGUCGCCCGAGGCGGCGGCCUGCGGCGACGUCGUCGCCGAGGGCUGGGCCGCGAUGCGCGCGUUCCUCGUCGCCGCGUCCCAGUCGAAAAAACCGGCGAACUUCCCCGCGGACUGCAUGCCCCUGCUCAAGCCGGCGCAGGAGGCCAUGGCCAAGGCGUCCAAGGCCGUGGGCCGCGGCGACUGGGAGUGCCACCAGAAGACCGUCUCCGAGGGCCUCCAGUGCCUGAGCUGGCUCGUCGUCGUCCCGGCGCCGCGCGACGUCAUCGAGAGCUACAUCGGCGGCCAGGACUUCUGGGCGAACAAGAUCCGCGUCAAGUACAAGAAGACGGCGCCGGCGCAGACGGCUUUCUGCGACACCUUCAAGAAGCUCAUCCAGGAGCUCAUGCCCUACGUAAAGGAGCACCACAUGGCCGGCGUGACGUUCAACCCCAAGGGCGGCGACCUCGCGGCCUUCGCGGGCGCGCCCGCGCCGGCGCCGAAGACGGCCGCCGCGCCCGCGGCGGCGCCGGCGGCGGCCGGCGGCGGCGCGAAGGCGGGUUUGGGCGCGGCGCUCGCGGGGCUCCAGGGCGCGAACGACCUCCAGUCCAAGGGCCUGCGCAAGGUCACGGACGACCAGAAGACCUACAAGAAGGAGUACGCCGGCGGCGCGGCGCCGGCGCCCAAGGCCAAGCCCAAGGUCGUGGCCCGGAAGCAGACGGUGACCAAGGGCGAGCCGAAGAAGACGCUCGUGGGCAAGAAGUGGCUCGUCGAGAACCAGACCAAGGACUGCGGCGUCGUCACGGUAGACCUCGACGCCGCCGAGGGCCACAAGUUCACGAUCUACGUCGUGGCGUGCUACGAGGCGACGAUCGUCGUCAACGGCAAGUGCAACUCCGUCACGGUGGACGCGUGCGCGAAGUGCCAGGUCGUCUUCGACUCGUGCAUCUCGUCCUUCGAGGUCGUCAACUCCAAGUCCAUGAAGGUCCAGGUCCGCGGCACCUGCCCCUCCGUCGCCAUCGACAAGACCGACGGCAUCCUCACGUACCUGAGCAAGGACACGCUCCCGAUCACGUCCUUCCUCACGUCCAAGUCCAGCGACAUGCAGGUCUCCUUCCCCGACGACAACGACGACAUGGUCGAGGCGCCCAUCCCCGAGCAGUUCCAGCACAAGGCCUGCCUCAAGGACGGCAAGCCCAGCCUCACGACGGACGUGUCCGACCUCUACUCCCACUGAGCCGCCGCCGCGCCCCCCGCCCCGCGACGUGAGACGUUAGACGCUGAACGUCC